CUCUUCUUCUUCUCUCCUCCUCCAGUUGGAUCUCCAGUCAUGCUGUGUGUUCCUCCCCAACGACAGCCUCCCCUCUCCCAGCACCAUUAUCUGUGGAGACAUCCCCGGUACUGUCCGUAGCUGGUACCACAACCAGGCCACCAUGCCUGGGACUCUGGUAGUCUGCCUGCCCCAUAUCACUGUGCUGUCUGCUGGACACAAACACAUGGAGCCCCUGCAGGACCUCCCCUUCAUGGUGUCCAGGCCCAUACUGGAAGAAGGUGAUGCCUUCCCGUGGACCAUAACCCUGAGCCAGUUCAGUGUGUACACCCUGUUGGGUCAGCAGCGGUCUCUCAGUCUCCUGGAGCCGAUGGGCUGUACCUCCACCCUGGCCGUCACCUCCCACAAGCUGCAGGCCGCGGGCCCCGAAGGACGACACGCCUUCAUCGUCUGUCUGCACGUUGACCUGGAACCUCUGAACAUCAAGGUCUCUAACCCCCAGGUCCAGUUGCUGUACGAGUUGUUCCUGUCCUGGAGUUCAACGUGGGCCCGUCUGGAGAAGAGGGAGUCCUGCAUCAGACUAUCCCAGACCCCCACUGGGCCGACCCCCUCCUCCCCCGUCCGCUCCAGCACCGCUCUCCCAGACACCAGCACCUGCUCCCCCUCUGCUGAUUUUGGAUCCCCCACCGAGGGUGACUCUGUCCCAGCGGGUGAUGACUCUCCGUUCUCCGACCCGGUGACCCUGGAACAGAAGACCAGCAGUAUAGGGGGCGCCAGCGGAAAGGUCAGCCUCUGGAUGCAGUGGAUGCUGACUAAGGUCACCGUCAAGCUGUUCGCUCCCGACCCCAACGCCAAAAACACAGAGAUCUGUGUGAUCAGUGAGGCUGAGGAUCUCAGUGCGUCAGUAGAUGUUCAGGAUGUUUACACCAAGAUCAAAUGUAAAGUGGGCAGCUUCAACAUGGACCAGUACCAGACCAGGCCUGGUGAGGGCUGCUGUGUCCGUCGUGAAGGAGUCGUCCUACAGGCCAAGGACACGUCUGUGACAGCAGCCAAGGUCCUGGAGGUUUCCUCCCACCAGCAGCACGGAUUCCUGUCCAUCACAUACACCCAGGCGGUCACAAGAAACGUCCGCCACAAGUUGACCACGCGGCUGGAACGAGCAGAUCCUCGCGGGGCCCAGCGGCUGACGGAGGGCCCGGCUGACGGGUCUCCCCACUACCUGAGAGAGAUCCUGCUGACCGCCCAACCUUUUGACCUUGUCCUCUCCUGUCCCUUACUGGCCACCGUAGCCGGGGUGUUCCACGCCUCGCUGCCACGACGAUACCGGGACCUCGGCAAGACGGCGGGCCAGCCGAUGAGAAGUCACGUCCUGACGUCGCGCAGCCUGCCGCUAAUAUAUGUCAACACAUCAGUGAUCAGGGUGUUUUGUCCCUGGAACCCAGACGGACAGGACAGACACACAGAACCCCAGCUGAGGAGAGAGAGGGAGGACACUCUGGUACUGAAGAUAGGGUCUGUCUGCGUGGCCCCUCAGGCAGAUAACCCUCUGACCAGAACCGUGCUGCGCAAGGACAUCUACCAGUGAGUCUAUUCUACUACUCUCCUCUCCUCCUUCCUCUCUCCUCUCCUCCUUCCUCUCUCCUCUCCUCCC